UUCCAGCCAACUCGGGAGAGCAUACCCCCUCCAAAUGUAAGCUACCAGCAGAAACCAGUGCUCGGUCUUGCCCCAAAUGUACAUCCUCUCAACCCGUUCCCUUUCAUUCUUCGCGCCGCAGCUGUAUACCCGGACAAACUUGCUAUUGCUCAUCCCGAUGUGAAACAUCCUGCGUAUUAUACCUAUGCCAUUUGGGCUCAGCGCAUUCAGAAUAUGGCGUAUGCUCUCAUACAAGCAGGCAUCCGCCCAGGUGACCGCGUUGCAGUCAUAACGCCCAACUGCCCUUUAAUUGCAGAUGCUCACUUUGGUGUUCUCGCUGCUCGUGCUAUCGUCACACCUGUAAACACCCGCCUCACACCCCCUGAAGUCUCAUAUAUUCUGGAACACAGUGGUUCUAAGCUUAUACUCGUUGAUCGCGACUUCACGCAUCUCAUUGGGAAUACUAAUGUUCCUAUCAUUGUUUGCCAUGACACAAGCAGAGCAGGGGACCCAUACGAAAGCUUCCUUAGUGCAGGCAGAGUAUUCAGUGCGGAAAAGGGGUGGGCCGGCUUGGACGUUGAGCCAGACGAAAACGCUGGUGCAGUAUUAUGUUACACGUCGGGAACUACAGGUCGUCCGAAGGGAGUCCUCACUACGCUGCGCGGUUCUUACUUAGCAGCAAUAGGGAAUGUUGUCGAGGGACAGAUGAAUCGUGAGUCGACGUACCUGUGGAUUCUUCCAAUGUUCCAUGCAGCUGGUUGGACGUACCCAUGGGCAAACGUCUUCGCAUGCGCGACACAGAUAACUAUGCGCUCUGUUGACUACCCACUUAUCUGGAAGCACUUCCUGAAUUCUGGGGUAACACACUAUUGUGGUGCACCGACUGUUCAGAUCGGAAUUGUGAACGACCCCGCUGCUAGACCUCUCGCUCAUACUAUAUACGCGGUUGUUGCAGGGGCUGCACCCACUGCUCACCUCAUCAGCCAGCUCGAGCAAAAGGGAAUCAAGCCUGUUCAUGUAUACGGUUUGACUGAGACGUACGGACCCUUCACGCGCUGCUAUGACCAACCCCAUUGGAAGACGCUAACUUUGGAAGAACGUGCGAAACUGAUGGCCCGACAAGGUCAAAGCUUCGCCACCGCACAAGAGGCACGCGUAGUGUAUCCUACACAAGAUGAAACCGACGAAGAACUCCGUGACAUCCCAAAAGACGGACGUACAGUGGGUGAGGUUAUCAUGCGCGGAAACAUCGUCAUGAAGGAGUAUUUCCGCGACCCAGAAGCUACACGCAAGGCUUUCCUAGGAGGUCACUUCCACUCGGGUGAUUUAGCCGUCUGGCACCCCGAUGGUGUCAUACAGGUCGUCGACCGAAGCAAGGACCUGAUCAUUUCUGGAGGCGAGAACGCAUCAAGCCUGGCCAUAGAAACAGAGCUUUCGAGUCAUCCUCAUGUUUUAGAGGCGUCUGUCGUCGCCCGCACGCACCCCAAGUGGGGUGAACGUCCCAUGGCUUUCGUCAUUCUUCGUCCAGAGCAUGCCUCCAAGUGGACGGACAACCAUCACGGUUUCGCUGGUGAGCUGAUCCGCCACGCUCGCACACUUUUGCCCGGCUUUGCGUGCCCAGAAUGGGUGCAAAUAGUGGACGAAUUACCCAAAACAUCUACUGGGAAGAUCCUCAAGACGAACCUUCGCAAGAUAGUGGCUAAAUUAUGA